AUGAAAGACAUUGAGCAUCCUGAGCUAGCCGAAACUGAGUGGCUCCUCAUGCUUUACUAUCUCGUUGAUAUGAUCAAAUAUCUGAACCAGCUCAAUAUUAAAAUGAAAGCCAAUGGAAAUACAGUAUUACCCCUUCAACAAGCCGUGUUUCCUUUUGAAAACGAGCUGGAGCUCUUUAGCAUGGAUCCUGAAACGGAUAGUUUACUAAAUUUUGAAAAACUGAGACAGUACAAAGAUGCAUGCAUAGUAAGCAAGCCCACUCAAAACUUUGGUCUCCGAAGGCUAGCCGACUUCACAUCUUAUCUCCUACAGCCGUUCAGAGCACGCUUUGGAGACUUUCAUGAGAACACUCGUCUUUUUGAGUUCAUCAUCCAUCCAACCGAGUGUUCACUGAACACAGUCGACCUAAGUAACAUUCCUGGUGUCCCCGUAAGAGAUUCCGAAGAAGGAGUGGCUGACCUGAAGGCUCCAGACACAGGGGUGUAUAAGUUCAAGUCACUGAAUGGAGGUUUGGAAAGAAUCGCACGGGCGAAAGCUGAGUAG